AUGGACGAUUCUGGCAUUGAAGUGGAGGGGGAUGAGGACUGGCGUUACGGGCCUCUUGGACGGGCUGGUUCCCAGACGCCCGUUGAACCAUCGACCGAGGUGUCUGCAAGUGCCAGCUUCGACGAUGAGGAGGAGGACGAUGAAGACUGGCGGUAUGGGCCUUUGGGCAGAGCUGGCGUGAUGAAGGACGAGGAGCCUGCAGAUCCCAUGCUGUCCGAGAGCUCGAAAACGGAGGAUGCAGAGCAGGUACGCACAUCGGCGCCUGCAGAACCCCUACGGCAUGAGGAGGUGCGACCUCGCACGAUCUGGGCAUACUGGGCACAGGGCCACGAGCAGAUGCCGGAGUUCUUCCGAAUGUGCGUGGAGACGUGGCAGCGAGUCAACCCACAUUGGGAUGUGCGAAUCUUGCAGAAGUCGACGGUCAUGGAGUAUCUCACCGAGGACGAACUGCCGAACCGGUUUAUGGAUAUGACCUCGCACCAGACAGCUUCUGAUGCAGUGCGGCUGGGCGUGCUCUGCCGCUAUGGGGGCGUGUGGAUGGAUGUGAACAUCUUGGUCUGUGGCAGCCUGGACAAGCUGUGCUGGAACGCCAUCUCCUGGGGGCAGAAACCGGCGUGUGUUUUCUACCACCCUUCUUAUGGAACCGAUGCUCUCGGAGGUCGCGACUUCGUCGAGAGCUGGUUUCUCGCAACGGGACCGGGCAAUCCGUUUUUCAUCCGCUGGAGAGACAUCUUCAAGGAGCUGUUUCAUGACCGCCUGGACAUAAAAGGAUUGUUGAGCCAUCCUUUCUACAAGGGCUUGGACCUCUCUGGCUUCGAAAAGCUGAACAACGAUUUCAGUGGGUCAGGAAUGGAGUUUCGAGAAUACCUCGCUAUCCAUGCCAUGUGCCAUCGACUGCUGGAGACGGAGCCGGAGGCACGACGCCUCUGGCGUGAUCGAUUCAUCCAGGUGAGUGCCGCUGACACAGCAUUCAGACUGCAGAUGGUGGCUCAGGCCAGCAACCUCCACAUGGCGCAGGUUCUCCUGCUGGAGGACGGGCGUGCGGAGCAGCUCAUCGAGGGAGUGCCGUUGAUCAAAUUUCGCACCCCUGACUAUGGCCCCUUGCUGCAGCUUUCAGCGGUGCAGCUGAAGGACAGGAAGCAUCUCCUCGGGCGCUUGCUGGAUCCGCCGGAUGCCGCUGAGGCGAUGCGUCAGCCGGUAGCAGCCCGGGCAGCCUUCAGCUCAGUACCACGUUUGGGUGGGCGGCGGCAUUUGGUGACCGCUAGCCUGGCGGCGGUUUUGUGCAGGGCAAUACCGGCCUCCCCGCUGUCCUGCAAGGAGUUUGCAGGUAUUUCGUCCCCAGCUCGGGGAGCAUGGCAUGCGCGACAAGGGUUUCCGUUUCUGCGGCCAAGGCCGGUCCCCGCCUUUGGGAGGCAUCGAUGCGGCUGA